CACACAGCGCGCGGGCUGAGAGAGGCGAUGUCCAAAGUUUCAGUUCUCUCGUUUCCAUUGUACCGUUGCGUUGUCGUUCGGUGUGUGUUUUUUUUUUUCGCGACAAAAGUGACAAAAGGCAAAUGGCAAAAACAAAGGGCACUGAAAACACCAGACGAUGCUCGUCAAAAUAGUUAAUUACUAGUUGUUAAUUCAUAUUUUGUUUAAUAACCGAUGUGCAAUAGAAAUCAUUAGCCAAAAAAGAAAAGGGAAAGCGCGAGAGAGAGAGAACGAGAGCGAGCAAAUCGUUGUAACGGCAGACGGCAACGGUAACGGAAUAUUAGAAUAUAUAGAAAAUAUCGAUUGAAGCACUGGAUCUAAAGGGAAAUCGGGCCAAAAUGGUAGGCCUACUAAAUCCGCUUAAGUACGGCGACCAUUUCUACGAGCUGUACACGAACAGCACGCGCAGAAAAAUGCAACACGAUCGGAAGGUGUUAACGAAGCGUAAAAGUCGGAAAGACAAAUCAGCGGCAGCUAUGGCCGCGGCAGCAGCAGCAGCGGUUCUUGAGGGUAAUGCAGGAGCUGGUGGUUUGGUGAAUCCAUUGGAUCCACCACUAGUCAAGGAACAACUGAUGAUCCUGCCCUCCUUCCCAGUGGCGCACAUUGAACUGGAUCCGAAUGCAUCUAAGUUUGCGGUCUUCUCAGCGAUUAGAUCAACGGUUCUGGAGGCUGAGACGCGGUAUUCCCUGUUCCAGGAAGGUGGAGCAGUCAGUGGCCAGUCCGGAUCGAGCGUAAAAAAGUGGAGCAAUAACGUAAACCCAUCCUGCUGCAUGAUGUGUGCCCACAGUUGUAUGGUUAGCAAUAUUCUCGAUUGCCCUUGUCAUGCCCACUUGGCCAUGCACGGAGCACUGGGUCCAGGAAAUGCAGCUCCUGGUGGACCUGUUGGUGUAAUUAUCGACGGUCGGGUACCGGCUCCAGUGCCUGUGGUAGUUGGAGGUCCAGGACUGCCGGCUGAGAAGCGACCGCGUCGAGAUAGCGCCAACAGCGAUGCGGAUUCGGAUACGGAGGAGCCCACCGAACGGGAGCCCGUCUAUGCCACAGUGCCCCUGAUUGUAGGUGCAGGAUUGCGUAGUCUCUUCGAACUGAUAGCCGAUGCCCGGCAUGUACAUCCGCUGUUGUGUACUAAGGCAUUGAAGGCACUACUGGAUGUCAUCCAAGGCCAGCAACCGGAGAGCUUCAAGUUGGAACCGGAGGAGCUAAUUAAUCCGUUGUACGAUCUCCUCCUUGAUUUAGCUACCAUGCCGGCUGCUCUCAAUUCGGCAACGGGUGCGGAGGCCAACUGGUCGGCCAUGGCCUGUGCUGCCCUCCUGGGACUGUGCAUUGCCCGCGGCGAUACGGGCAAAAUGCUCAAGGCCAUUGCCGCCAUGCUGAUGACACCGCGACAGCUUUCUGCACAGAUUGUCCAGCUGCCGGUGGUUCUGGCCACGUUGCAGCACACCGUGGUCAGUGCAGCGCUGAAUAAGCCAACAAGGCCGGACUUUCAUAGCCACGGGGUGCCGCACAAUUCGCUGAUUGAUGAGUUUCCCUUAAAGUUGCCGCCCUUGAGCACGGGUGCUCCUAUUACUUCACCAGCCAUGGCCUGUGAUGGAGUCUUUGUGUACUUACUUUAUGGCGGAACCCUGCUGAAGAUUGGCACUGGCUUUGGAGGCUCCUACAAGGGACACGUUUAUGCCCAGAACGAGGACUUUAGUCAUGAAAGGAGUGCCUGGCUGGGUUACAGUGGCGGGCAACUCUACUUCCGGCGCACUUGUCGCCGCAGCGCUGGCGACCAGCUGCAAAUGGUGGGCCUGGACACACUGGCCAUCAAAGCAAUGAGUCCAUUGAGCAUGCUGCACAUGCGCGAAGGACUUAACUAUGUGCUCUUCACGGACGAUGACUCACUGCACGCCAUCUGCAGUAACCGUGAUGAUACACUGGUGGUUAAGAAACUGAAUCUGUACCACAAUAGCUACAACAUUGACCCGCCACCCUUUGAGCUGCCCCUGCAGUUGGCCCGUAAGAAGUUUCGUACUUUGGGCUAUGCUGCUUUCGAAGAUGAGCUGCUCAAUCAGUAUCAGAUCCAACGCAUCCAAUCGGCCCACAAUAGUUUCGAGCCAAAGCUACCGGCUCCUUGCAGAGAUGCGGAUGUGGAUGUUAUGGGUAUGGCCUGCGGAAAGGAGUUUGGACUGGUGCGGGCCAGCAAUGGCAGGGUGUAUUAUUACGGAAAAUCUGCAGCUCUGGGACUGAAGUGUGUGGGCCGUACCCCGACACUCAAACUCACCGAACUGGUCAUCUCCAAGGCGGCCAAUAUAGUCCAUGUAGCCGUGGGACACGAUGGCAUUCAUGCUCUUUUGGUCAACGAUGAUGGAACUGUCUUCUUUGCUGGUACAGCUCGUCGCGGUGAAGAUGGAGAUAGCAGCAAAAACCGGAGACAACCGAAGGCGGUAAAGCCGAAGAAGAUGACCAAGAUCGAUGGCCAUGUGGUUGUGCAUGCUGCCUGUAAUAAUGGCACCUCCGCCUUUGUCACAAAAACCGGAAAACUUAUAAUGUACGGCAAGGAUACGGCUCAUUGCGAUGCCAUGGGCUUUGUCAGUGAGCUGUUGGAUCAGCAUGUGACCAAAGUGGCGCUGGGCAAAGCCCAUUGUGUGGCCCUCAACGCCAAGGGACAACUCUUCUCGUUCGGGCUGAAUAAUAAGGGCCAGUGCGGCAGGAUAUUCAACAAGUUGCAGCCGGUGAAGGAUGUGCCACCGUUUGCCUCAUCCUCAACGGCCGCCGCCUGUUUUGCAUCUUUGCUGCCACUGGACAAGCGCUUAAAGUUGGACUUUUCCACGCUGUGCGACUACGACGAUCAUAAUCUGGUGCAGGGUCAGUGCCGCGUGUGCGUCAUUUGUCGGGAAUGCACUGGAUAUAAUGUUAGUUGUGUCUCCGCAUUGAAUGUCCCACUGGAUCAGCGUUUGGCGGGCAGUAUAUGUCCCUGUGGCCAUGGAGAUGCGGGUUGUGCCAAGUGUGGACUGUGCGCCGCCUGCAUUGCCCUCCAAGAUAGCGACGAAGCCAAAACAGAACUGAAGCCUCCACCAAGUGACGUGCAACAGCGCCAGCAGCGCUCCAAAACGCUUAUCAUGCGCCGCAAGGAGCGUAAGGGUGAACUGGAAACAGGAGCAGCUGGCGGAGGUGCUGCCACGCCAACUGACUUGGAUAAGGAUCCACCUCGAGUGGCCCCAUUAGCACCACAGCUGUUGCAGCUCACCAGCUCAUCGCCUGUGGUUCAGGUGGCCUGUGGAUUGCACCACACGGUGGUGCUAACUUUGGCUGGUGAAGUCUAUACGUUUGGAAGCAAUCAAUAUGGUCAGUUGGGCAGUGGAGACCUGCAGCCGGUAAGCGGACCAGUGCGCGUCCAGGUUUCUGGAGCCAUUAGUCAAGUGGCCGCUGGAAGCAAUCACACUGUACUGCUGACAUCCAAGGGAAUGGUUUACACAUUCGGCAACUACCAAAAAGGACAAUUGGGACGGCUGCCCAGUGAUUAUGGACUGAAGCCUCCGCCCCAGGAUGAUGAUUCUCCAGUGGGACCAGGAUCUGAUGGGGGAGCUAGUGGUUCACCAACAGUUGCGCCAGUUGGAAUGCCUGGACCAGAACGAUCUCAAUCACCAGCCACCGUUCAACCCAGUGGCUCCAAGGAGAUGCCUCCGCUGAUGCCGGUGCUUACGCAGCGUCAGAAGUUUCUCUGGAACUGUUCGCCUGGAGCUGUCUUUGGUCUGGGUCCCUGCUAUGGCAAGAAGGUGACCUGGAUAGGAGCCAAUGGCGAUCAGACUUUUAUCAAGAUAGACGAAUCCCUGAUCACGGCACAGAUGCUGCCCAAGAUGCAUGUGGUGGCCAACAAGAAGACGAUAUUGCUCAUCCCUAGCAUUCCACUAUCCUUUCAUACGCUUUCCAUAAAUCGCCGGGAUGGAAGUUGUACGGCUCAUUAUCGAGGACAAACCAACUUUGUGAAACUGAUGCAGGCCCAUCCGGAACAACAGCAGCCAGAGAUCAACUCCAAUCUAGAUGUGGCUGUUACUCCAGUUGCGGAUUCGCCAGCUCAUGCCUCCACCUCAGCCAUUCUAACGGCCAUGACGGCUACAGCCACGGCUGGUGUGCCCAUCAACGAGCAGAUGUCUCGAAGUAUGCACGAGGCCAGGAAUCAGAUCUUUGAAGAACAGCCACCGGAGGUAGGAUCGUCCACAGCAACGGUAGCACCACCACCAGCAGUAGCAGCUCCUGGUACACCGGGAUCAGCGGCGGUAGCAGGAUCUGUGCCAAGAUCACGUCGUGGUGGCAAGCAGGGAGCUAGUACCCCUGAUCCCAUUCCAUCGCCACCACAACUGGCAUUUACCAUGGAUCCCACCUAUAAUGUUUUAUGGGUUUUCGAUGGAGCAGCACGAAAGUUACGUUGUCACAAUGUGGUGGCCAGUGACAUCAACGAGAGCGAUGCGAACUCGGCAACAUAUCGAUCCUUGCUAUCACCGGAAUUAUCUUUGCCUGACCGGGUGGAUUCCCGUGUGGCCCGCUCGCAAGCCUCCCUGAAUUUACUCGCCUGCUUGGACAUCCUCACGUCGGCACAGGACAACAUCCCUGGAUGCUUUGAGCAACCGCUGUUGAAGCAAACUCAACAGACAGCAGAGACGCAGGCUGGUGAAUUCCAAGUGGUCAGCCGUUUUGAUAACUUUGGCGGCGGAUGGGGUUACUCCGGACAUAGUGUAGAAGCCAUACGCUUCUCAUCGGACACCGAUAUUGUGAUCUGUGGCUUCGGGAUGUUCGGUGGACGCGGGGAGUACAGUUGCAAGCUGAAGCUCUUCGAUUUGGGCGGCGAUGGUGGAGGCUAUGAGAAGGAAGGCAUUCUAAUCAGUGAGACCAAGGAGGUGCCGUACGAGUGUGGCGCCAGGAGUAAACAUCAUAUCCUUCUGCCCAAACCGGUUAGUGCAGUGGCUGGAAGGUGGUACCUGGUGUGGGCUCGGAUUGCAGGUCCCUCCUCCGAUUGCGGAUCGUGUGGCCAGGCUUCAGUGACCACCGAAGAUCAGGUGGUCUUCUCCUUUAAGUCCAGCAAGAAAGCCAACAAUGGUACCGAUGUCAAUUCUGGUCAGAUACCGGCCAUUCUGUAUCGUCUGGUUACUCAGGAUUGCAAGCAGACACCGGCCCAAAUGGACGCCGAUCCUGUGCAGCGUAUUUCCCGGGCCUUCGCCAACAGCGUGAGUCGGGAGUGCUUCGAGAGUUUAGUGGUCUUGCUUAGUUGGUCCUGGGAUUGCUUCAAGUUGCAGCUGCGCGAGGAGCGGGAUCGUUCCCGCCCAUUGCAGCUGCAGCAGUCGCUUCAGUACCUCGGCUAUGUCAUCAAGUCAUGUCUGCGCCUGCUUCGCAAGUACACCAAUGAGAUUUAUCCGCAGAGGAACUCCUCCACGUCAGUGGGAACUGGUGGUGGCUCUAAUGCAGCUCAUGGUAGUGGCGUAGUGACCACUGCCAAGAUGAUCCAGUCUAAGGCAAACAAAGAUAAAAAUGCUCCUCGUGUUGUGGGCAAUGGUGCCGUAAUGGCCAAGUACUUUGGUGACCCAUCACCUUCGGUGGCUCCAGCCAUGAUUAGCAGUGGCGGAAGCGGAGGAGCACCAUCCACAUCAGCUUCGGCAGCGGCGGCACCGGGCAGCGGAACUCCUAUGACUCGGAAGACGAAUAUGGAGAACAUACAGCUGGCGGAGUGUAUUGGCAAUGUUAGGGCCCUGCUGAUUGGCAUCUUUUGUGAUGACAUCUUCAAGGAUAUAGCCACGGACGAGGGCUAUGAACUCUCACUGGAGAUCUUGGACGAGUGUCAUCUGAGCUUUGUGGCCUGUUUCGAUGCAUUCUAUCCGACAUCCUCGCUGAAGUGGAACUGCCUGUGCGAUUUGCUCGCCCAGAUGGAUCGUGGAGCAUUGCAUUCCCGCCUGUUAAGUGCCAUUCUCGCAGGACUCUGUUCUCCAUCGGUGAAGCUCAGGGCAACAUUCUCGCUUCUCAAUGCAGCUGGAAACGAACGUCAGUCGAUUAUCAGUCCCAGCGAUAAUUCUGGCUUGCCCAUGCUCUCCUCCACAGAUACACAUCCGUAUCCAGUGCUAGUGGAGCAAAUGAUCUACCGCACGCAGCAGGAGAAGAGCGAUUUUCUAAGUAAUUCCUGGACAUUUAAGGAUGUUCUUGUACGUCUGUUGGACAUAAUCGCUAGUCCCAUACGUUCCCGCAUCGAAACGAUUUACAGUCGGAGUCUUGGAAGUCUUGGAGGCAGUUAUCCAGGUGGCAAGGAGUGUGUUAAUCAGGGAUUAAUAGACAACUGUUGUCAUCUGCUGGCCAGAGUUCUGGCUGAGAUUGUCUAUCAAACGGCGAUGGGUGAAUAUGACAAGCUGUUCAUGCCUCCAAGAACGCUACAUUCAACGGGAGCUCGCUUUGCCCGCUGCGAUGUGAGUCGCACCCUGGAAUACGGGAAACUUUGGACCCGAUGCUAUUGCCUUUGCCGUGGAUCGACCUGGUGUGGCCAUAGCUGGCGCCAUGAUUUGCAGCCGCAGCACAAGUGGGAGACCCUGGAAUCGGUAUCGGGAAGCUACGAUCAGGAUGCCGUUCAUAACGAUCUGGCGGAGAUUAAGUUCGAUCAUCCAGUGCAUAUCAAGGAGAAUGCUCGCUACGCUUUUAAGGCUGUGCUCGCAGGGGGCGCGCACUUGUUCUGGGGAUGCCGGAAUGCCAGCACCAGGGGUCAAUUACCCUGCAUUCUGUACUAUAGCACACCCAUGAAACAGGAUGGAAACUCGGCUAGCGGACGAGCUGGUGAUGGACCCAAUGUCGCAACUCAUAUGGAGGAGAGGAUGAUGCUGCUUGGACCGCAUGAGGUCUCCACACGAGAUACAGCUCUGCAAAUCGCCGCUGAUAUUACCAAGAAAUGUACUGAACUACUGAUCCUGGCCAGAAAUGCCAUGGCUGCAUCUUGUUCGCCCUCCGAUAAUAGGACAGCUGCCCUACCCACGGCUAUCGAUCCUCAGCUGUCCACGGCCAGGGAUUUGGGCAAACGCAUCGAGUCCUUUUCGAAGGGUCUAAUGGAGACCCUAAAGUUUGACAAGCGAUCUACCAAUCCCUUCGAGAUGGAAAUCGAGAUUGGCGCCACCGAAGUGGAGGAAUCGGCGGAUUUAAGGAAUGGCCAAAGCCAGAGCCAAAGCCAAAGUCAGAGUCAAAGUGUUCCGAUUAAUGGCAAUGAGAGAACCACGGAUUUCGAGAUCGCCGAACAACCAGCUCAGCAGUCGAUGCUACAGCAUCUGCACUCCGAUUCGGAGGAGGCUCCGCUGGAGGUGGCCGGCAUGGCUGGUGGCGGAGUAAGUGUGGCAGGUGGAUCGGCUGGAGGAGGAGGUGUUAGCAGCCAAGUGGCUGCCGUGCAACUCCUGGAGGUCUUCAAUCUGGCCGCCUCCAAUAUUGAUCCGAAGAGCUCCGUCCAGAUUUUGGGUCUUAUCAAGGAGAUCCUGCCACAUAUCGCUGCCCUGAAUCAGUUGCACGUGUCCAAGGAUCAACGUCAGCCGGAACCGGCACUCUUUGCUACACAGACCUCCAAUUCUGGCUCCAGUUCGAGUAGCACCACCAGUAACCACUAUUGUUUGGUGGAGAGUGAACAUCCGUACAGGAGUGCCAGCAUCAGUAGCUAUCGCGUGGAAUUCCCACCCUGCGUUCAGUGGCUGACCAUCGAGUUUGAUCCGCAGUGUGGCACAGCUCAGCUGGAGGAUUACCUGCUUUUGUCGAUUCCCAUGCGUCCAGCAUCACAGGCUCCGCCAGUGCCGCAUGUGGAUGAUUAUCUGGAGCAGGCGGACAAUGUACAGGGUGCGGCUGAUAGAAGACGCACAACUGGCGGCGGAAUCGCUGGCAGUGGGCAGCACCAAAUACACACCAACGCUCUGCUAGUGUCCAAUUGA